AUGGUGGUGACAGGAAAUGAUCCGUUGGAAUCGUUUUUGAAAUCGAUUCAGGUGGUCAGAAAUGCGUUUUCUCCCAUAGAAUUGAAUUUUCAGAAGGCGGCGAAGAAUUUCGAGCAUUGUUUCAAUGGAUCCUCGAAAAAUGACAACUUGAAUUGCAGGGUGAAUGAUGAUGCUGGUAAUGAGCAAGUGGCGGCUCAAUGGAAUUCGAAGAUGAGUGGUCAACAGGCAGUCGCCAGUGGUCGUGAUCGGAAAAAACCGAAAGUUCUUCCUGUAAAAUUCGUUGUUGGUAUAUUUACAGAGAAGUGGGAAAGUGAUGUUCAUAGAAAAUUGCAUGCUAGACGUGAUGGGACAGAGAGUACGCGUGUUAAUUUGCUGAAGAAAGGGAUGAAACAGAGGUCUGAGAAUGAUUGUGCGAAACAGAAUAAGAACUCUUAUGGGAAUUGCUUGCUUUUGGACAUGGCACUAUCAUAUUUGAUCAAUGGUUUUUUACAGGCCUUCCCAAGACCAUCCAAGUCCGAGAAAAAGGGGUUGCAGAAGAAGACGGACAAGGAAAAUCUUGGUAGCAAAGGCUCGCAUUUUAGUAUUCAACCAAAAUUGGUGGGGGUUGGUGAAAGUAUACAGGAGGUGAAGGCAAGAGAAGGCAAAGACUUGUCUUUUGAGUAUGUGAUAGGGUUUGUGGUUGAUCAAAUUAACCAUUUGCCAAAAUUCGACGUGUCUUUUCAAGAAAAUGAGUGUAACAAUGCUGAUUGUAAACCAUCUAAUCAAUUUGACCAUUUCAAAGCACUUGUCAGUAUUUUGGAAGGAAAAAGAGCAGAUGUGAAUGGAUUCCUUGGGAAUUUGAAGUUUGCACGUGUGGGAGGAGUACCAUCAAGUGUUGUUGAAGUGCCAUCUGUGAAAGAUGAGGGAGCUAAUGAUACUGUUACUCAGGAAGAAAGUGGUGGAGGCAAUUCCUCUAAAAAAAUGGCCAAUGGAUUGCUUAGUAUUCCAUUGUCCAAUGUUGAACGUUUGAGGUCUACCCUGUCAACUGUCUCAUUGGCUGAAUUGAUUGAACUUUUACCACAGAUUGGGAGAUCUUCAAAAGAAGAACAUCCUGACAAGAAGAAACUGUUUUCCGUACAGGACUUCUUUAGAUAUACAGAAGCUGAAGGAAGGAGAUUUUUUCUCGAGCUGGACAGGGAUGGUGAUGGACAAGUCACUCUGGAGGAUCUAGAAGUUGCCAUGAGAAGGAGGAAACUUCCUAAAAGAUAUGCUCAUGAAUUUAUGCGGCGUACAAGGAGUCAUUUGUUUUCGAAGUCUUUUGGCUGGAAACAGUUCUUGUCCUUGAUGGAACAGAAAGAACCAACAAUCCUUCGAGCAUAUACGAGCCUCUGUCUGAGCAAGUCUGGGACACUACAGAAGAGUGAAAUCUUGGCGUCCCUGAAAAAUGCGGGCCUUCCUGCUAAUGAAGAUAACGCUGUCGCAAUGAUGCGUUUUCUGAAUGCUGAUGCGGAGGAAUCUAUAUCAUAUGGGCAUUUCCGGAAUUUCAUGUUAUUGCUCCCUUCAGACAGACUUCAAGAAGAUCCAAGAAGCAUCUGGUUUGAAGCUGCGACUGUGGUUGCUGUUCCCCCUCCUGUGGGAAUACCUACUGGCAGUGUUCUAAAAUCAGCAUUGGUUGGAGGUCUUUCUUGUGCAUUGUCUACAUCCUUAUUGCAUCCUGUUGACACUGUUAAGACAAGGCUACAAGCUUCAACCCUCACCUUUCCAGAGAUCAUAUCGAAGCUUCGGCAACUUGGAGUUCGUGGAUUCUAUAGAGGAUCAAUUCCAGCUAUACUAGGGCAAUUCUCAAGUCAUGGUCUCCGAACUGGAAUUUUUGAAGCAACCAAACUGGUGUUGGUCAAUGUUGCGCCCGCACUUCCAGAAAUACAGGUUCAAUCAGUGGCUUCAUUCUGCAGCACAUUUCUUGGAACGGCAGUCCGUAUUCCCUGUGAGGUGUUGAAGCAAAGAUUGCAGGCAGGUUUAUUUGACAAUGUUGGUGAAGCCAUUGUCGGGACUUGGCAGCAAGAUGGCCUCCGGGGCUUUUUCCGUGGGACCGGCGCCACCCUUUGCCGCGAAGUCCCAUUCUAUGUAGCGGGUAUGGGCCUCUAUGCUGAAUCUAAGAAGGCUACCCAGCAGCUUCUGGGACGUGAGCUAGAGGCUUGGGAGACUAUUGCUGUGGGGGCUUUAUCCGGCGGGCUAGCGGCCGUGCUAACAACUCCAUUUGAUGUAAUAAAGACAAGGACUAUGACGGCCCCACAGGGUCGCCCGGUGACUUUGUCGAUUGUGGCCUUCUCUAUUUUGCGUCAUGAGGGACCUCUUGGGUUAUUCAAAGGAGCCUUGCCUCGUUUUUUCUGGAUAGCCCCACUUGGAGCCAUGAAUUUCGCAGGCUAUGAGCUUGCAAGGAAGGCUAUGGACAAAAACGAGGACAACAACACUGGCAGCGAAGCCCUUGUGCAGAAAUAG